AUGAUCCAACAACAGGCCGUCGACUGGACAAAUUAUUAUGGGAUCAAUAUAACAUCCAAGACGAAAACAGCCGCCUGGUUCGCGAGCAACUGUAAAACGUCAAUCAACCGAGAAGGAUACGUCCGUGAACUUCAGAAAUACAUUCCAGUCGAUGUCUUUGGCAGAUGUUUGAAAAAUCCCAAGACCUGUCCCAGAAAAAAGCAAAAAGAGUGUGACGACAUGUUGAAACGAGAGUACCUUUUCUACCUGAGCUUUGAAAAUUCCUUUUGUCCAGAUUACGUCACUGAAAAAUUUUACAGGGCCUUUGAAACAGGAACCGUUCCAGUUGUUUUUGGCGGAGCCAACUAUUCCUUGUUUGCACCGGCACACUCCUACAUCAACGCCAGGGAUUUCAAGACACCCAAACUGUUGGCCGAAUAUUUAAUCCAACUCAGUCGGAACUUGGAUCUUUAUUCCCGCUACUUUGACUGGAAAGGGAAAUUCAACUUGCGAAAAAGUUCCGGUUGGGCUUGUAAAUUAUGCAAAAUGCUCCACACAGAUCUCAGAGUGACGGCUGCUAAAAGUUACGAGGAUAUUGGGGAAUGGUUUUUCGAUAAAAAUACCUGUGAAAAUUAUCAAUGGUCAAAUGGGAGCAGUUAA